UCGUCUGUUUGUUUGCAAGAUGGCAGCCUCCAGCAGAACUCAAGUGCUUUCUCUGUACAGACUGAUGUUAAAAGAAAGCAAGAAUUUCACUGCUUACAACUACAGGACUUACGCCAUCAGGAGAGUAAGGGAUGCCUUCAGAGAAAACAAACACUUGGAGGAUCCAAAAACUAUUCAGGCACAGCUCAUCAAGGCCAGAGAAAACCUAGUAAUUAUUCAGCGCCAGGUUUCCAUAGGACGCCUGUAUGCCUCUCAGAAGAUUGUUAUUGAAGAUCAAGUAGGAAGAACAACUGCAUGACAGGAAAUCAUUCUUACUUACAACUUCAUUCCAAUUACACCCUUCUGCUUACAUGAAUAGAAAAUACAACCCUCUAUUGUAUCCUGCAACAAUCGACGCUUCACCUGAUCCGACUCAUUUAUAACCCUGGCAGGUGGGGGUUGGGGGUUCUGCCUGUAAAACAUCACAGGUUGCUGGCUAACAUAAAUAGUACCCUUUCUUUCAGUGUUUUGUGUUAUUUGAUGUAUGUAAUCAAUGUGAGCUAUACACACUGUAAAGUGGAAGUUCUUUUGUACAGUUUUAACGUACCUUUUCUUUAAAAAUAAUAAAAUAAAAACUGUAACUAA